AAAAAGUUGUCAAAUGUCAAAUACUUUCUUUGACAUCGACUGCAGUGAAACUGACGGAAUUUGCCACGACAAAUUAAUUCCGAAUAGAUUGGAGUGCAUAAAAUUAUUAUUGAAAAGAAGAAAAAAAAUGUCUUCAGACUGGGAUGAAAUUCGAAGAUUGGCCUCCGAUUUUCAGAAGGUGCAAUUGUCUUCAACAUUGCAAAGACUUUCGGAACGAAAUUGUGUUGAAGUCGUUUCAUUGUUGAUCAAACAAGGCCUUAUCAAUGUGGUAUAUACGACCGAUGGCAAGGAAUACAUCACGCCGGAGCACCUGCAAAAGGAGGUGGAAGAUGAGCUUUAUGUGCACGGUGGCCGUGUUAAUUUGGUUGAAUUGGCACAAAUAUUAAAUGUUGACCUGUUUCACAUCAAUACGAUCGCUGAGCGAAUCUCAAAAGAGCGUGAUGAUUUGUACUUAAUCUUGGGCCAACUUAUCGAUGAAACAUACCUGCAAAGGAUCGCCAUUGAGAUCAAUGAAAAAUUAGCGCAAGAAGGUGAAAUUUCCGUCUCCGACUUGACCAUUCAAUUCGAUUUGCCAUCGGAGUUUUUGUUGGCUCAAGUGAUGGAAAAAUACUUGGGCAAACUGAUUAAAGGACGACAAGAUUCGACUGAUUCUCGCAUUUUCUUUACUCCGACCUACAUUUCACGGUGCAAAGCCAAAAUCCGUGGCGGUUUGCUUGCUCUAACCCAUCCAACAUCGACCGCCCAAAUCAUUCAGCAAAUUGGUGUGCAAGAACGUAUUUUCUUUACCUUAUUCAAUGAAGUGAAUCCGGCUGGUGUGCUUACAUCAAAACAACAUGGUGCUCAGUAUAUUCCGCACGUGUAUACGAAAAACCAGCGUGAGUGGGUCGAAUCAUUCUAUAAACAAAACUUCUACUUGGAAUAUGAUGCAGUUAAUCGAUUGGGAGUGUCCGAUGCCAAGGGUUUCAUAAAACGAACCGUUGGCAAUGAACCGAUAACAUUCUUAUCAAAAUGUUGCUUGGGACAACGGAUUCUCGAUCAAAUUGAAUCAUCGCUGGAUGAAUGCAUUUCAACUGGGUCAUAUUUGGAUGUGGGUUCGAUUUUACCAUCGAUUAUGUCCGAAGAGGAUAUUGAAGGUGUCAUUGAUGCCGUACUCACACCAAUCAAACAGAAGCAAACACUAUUAUUCGGUACAACCAUUUUAACUACGCAGUUCAUUGAUGGUUUGCUGAAACCAUGCCAUGAAUUGAUUGAGAAAAAUGCCAAACAAUCGGUUGAAACGGGCAAAUAUCAACAAUACAUCGCUGAAAAGCAAAUGAGCUCCGGUCGAAAUGCUGAUAUCGACACAUCGGAUCGCAAAUCAGAUCGGAAGGAUGAAAGACGUCGCAAGGCAACUGGAGGCAAAAGUGGCGGCGGUGCUCAAGGACGUGAAACAAAAACCAAGUCUACAAAGAAAUUGUAUCGGGCCAGCGAUCGUGGACAUCAGUCGGAUUCCGAAGAAGAAACAUUUAAUAGCAAAAAGAAAGAGGGACCAACCAUCGAAUUGAUUUCGCUGAAAGAAAUUAAGCACAUUCUGGACGAGCAACUCGAACCCGAAGGUUUGGAUGAUUUAAGCGAACUCAUAGCAAAACAAUACUAUCCAUCACUAACAAAAUUAUCGCUCGAAAUUGCCCAUCAACUCUACGAGAUUUCAUUGCAAAACACCACCCAAAAUCAACGUCAAACUCACGCUGCUUUGCAAACAAAAUUGAACGAGCUAUUGGUUAAUGUUCGUUUGUAUGAAAAAGGGCUGCAUUUGUUAUCGGCCGAUUUGCAAGGUCAACUUGUGAAAUACUUGCUCAAAACUCACGGCACUGAUGUUUGCAACGAUAUCUUUUUCUAUGUUGCUGGCGAAUGCAACCUCAACUUUGUCGACGUCAACUUAAAGCCCGAGCAACGAGCGAAAAUUGCACAGGACUGUGGUCAAGAAUACAAAGCAGCGUUGACGGCACUGAAUAAAGCCAUUGCCGGUACAUCAAUCGAAGAGUUCUUGGAAGCAGCAGAAAACGCCCUUGAGGCAUGUGGCAUGAUAUUGAAAAAAAUUGAUAAGAAGAAAGACAGAAAUUUGAUAUUGUGUCACAAACACGCGCUUUUAGAGCAAUUAUCAAAAUGUAAUGACCCAGCGCUCAGUCUUCAUUUGGCCGUGCUUGUUAUCUUCACCAUUUCGACGCAAUGUAUGCUGCACGCUUCUGGAAAAUUUGUUUCAUCGAUAUUGAGUUUCCUUCAACCGUCAUUGUCUCCUGAACAGAGCUCGGCAUUGACGGAAUUCCAUGAUUUGGUAUUGAAACUAUUGUCAGAAUCGGACGACACCAAGCUCAUUUCCGAAGAACUGCAAAAGAAAAUGGAAAAAAUUAAGAACAUUGCCAGCACAUACAAGAAGAACGGCACCACAGCAGCCGAUUAAAACCACCUACAUAUUGCGCUAUCGAUCGGAUUUUUUUUUGAUUUUCUUAUGAAUCAAAUCCAUUAUCGACGUAUUUGAAUGGCUUAAGUAGCAAAGUAAUUGAUUGAUUGAUUGGCUUGGAUUAUUUUUGCAAUACAGUUUGAAUCAUCAUAUGUUCCACUUGAAAAAAAAAAUAUAUUCAGACAAUCAAUGAUGCAAUCACAAAGUUGUUGUUGCUAUUUUAUUGAGAAAUGUUCUUAAGUUUCCUUUUAUUUUACAAAUAAAUCAUCCAAUUUUCUCCAGAAAAAA